AUGUUUAAUAUAAAUAAUUUUAGAUUUUGAUAUAGAGAAAUUGCUAAUAAGAUUUCUAUAAUUUACUUUAAAUCACUUUGGGAUUGAGUGUAUUUCACAUAGUACGUCAUAUUUUGUGUAUAUUUCGAAAAUACGGAAACACCCAUCAACCAUACCUUAUUUUGUACUUAAAUAUAUGCAUCAGACCACCAAAAGCUUAUCAAAAUGAAAAUUAUCUUCAUAUUUAGCUGUGUAAUAUUUGCUGCUGGUGCCUUAGCGUAUGAAAAUUCAGACAUUCUCUCAGCUAGAAUCGAGAGUUGCAGAGGAUGUUCAUUAAACCGCUUGCCCGAAGUAAAGAAAUUCGUGAUGGAUGACGCCCCAUCCUACGAGCGGCUGGAGGUGAAAUUUAUAACGGGCGCCGCACCGGAAGUGGUCCUGCUCGGAGAAGGCGAUGUUGAACUGGAACGGCUCGCUCUGUCCCACCUCAGUCGGCAGGAGUGUAACGAGCUGCUUCAGAGCAGAGGUUUCAUUAAGAAAACUAAGAAAUCAGAGUUUUGAAGAAAAUUUUUAUUCCACUACAUUUGUAAUGUUCAUUCCAUUUAAAGAAAUAUUAGGACUAUUCCAUGAGUAAAAUUCAUUAUUAUAAAUUUUGAUCAAUGAAUACAAAAAAAAGUAGUAAUCACUAAUAGAAAGUAAAAUUAAUAGUGAACAUUGUCACUAUUAUUUUCUUUUCUCUUGUAUUCUUAAAACUUAUGAUAGAGUAAUUGUAUUUACACAUGUAAAUAAGUGAUAUAGAACAAAUUAGAUAAUGUUUUAGUGUGAUUUAACUUGUAUCUUUCUAUUGAAGAGU